ACCAGGCAAAGAGCAACGUGAUUGCAUGCGAGCGUCCCCACUCGGGUUCGGCGGGCGCCAGAGAGACACCAUGCAGCACCCUCUGACGGGAGCCACCUGCGUGGCUCUCCCCAACGUGGGCAUGUGUCCCCAGCUCUCGUGUGCCUUGACUUUUAUGUACUUACAGCAGGGUAAUCAAGAAGCAGCAGCCGCCCCUGACACGAUGGCCCAGCCUUACGCUUCGGCCCAGUUCGCUCCCCCCCAGAACGGCAUCCCCGCGGAAUACACGGCCCCUCACCCCCACCCCGCGCCAGAGUACACGGGCCAGACCACCGUCCCCGAGCACACGUUAAACCUGUACCCUCCCGCCCAGUCGCACUCCGAGCAGAGCGCCGCGGACACGAGCGCGCAGACCGUCUCCGGCACCGCCACACAGACAGAUGACGCAGCACCCACGGAUGGUCAGCCCCAGACACAACCUCCCGAAAACACGGAAAACAAGUCCCAGCCCAAGCGGCUGCAUGUCUCCAACAUACCCUUCAGGUUCCGGGAUCCAGAUCUGCGACAAAUGUUUGGUCAAUUUGGUAAAAUCUUAGAUGUUGAAAUUAUUUUUAAUGAGCGAGGCUCAAAGGGAUUUGGUUUCGUAACUUUCGAAAAUAGUGCCGAUGCCGACAGGGCGAGGGAGAAAUUACACGGCACCGUGGUAGAGGGCCGUAAAAUCGAGGUAAAUAAUGCCACAGCACGUGUAAUGACAAAUAAAAAGACUGUCAACCCUUAUACAAAUGGCUGGAAAUUGAACCCAGUUGUGGGUGCAGUCUACAGUCCAGAAUUCUAUGCAGGAAACAUCCCUUCUGGUCUUCUCCCUGCACCUUCUGGGGCGAGGAAUGAUCCUCUACACUGCAGGGAGUCUCCAGGCACGGUGCUGUUGUGCCAGGCAAACCAGGAGGGAUCUUCCAUGUACAGUGCCCCCAGUUCACUUGUAUAUACUUCCGCAAUGCCCGGCUUCCCGUAUCCAGCUGCCACCGCAGCGGCCGCCUACCGAGGGGCGCAUCUGCGAGGCCGCGGCCGCACCGUGUACAACACCUUCAGGGCCGCGGCUCCCCCGCCCCCGAUCCCGGCCUACGGCGGAGUAGUGUAUCAAGAGCCUGUGUAUGGCAAUAAAUUGCUGCAGGGUGGUUAUGCUGCAUACCGCUACGCCCAGCCUACCCCCGCCACUGCCGCUGCCUACAGUGACAGUUACGGACGAGUUUAUGCUGCCGACCCCUACCACCACACACUUGCUCCAGCCCCCACCUACGGCGUUGGUGCCAUGAAUGCUUUUGCACCCUUGACUGAUGCCAAGACUAGGAGCCAUGCUGAUGAUGUGGGUCUCGUUCUUUCUUCAUUGCAGGCUAGUAUAUACCGAGGGGGAUACAACCGUUUUGCUCCAUACUAAAUGACAAAACCAUAAAAACCUUCCAAUGUGGGGAGAAAGGAAGCUUUCCGAGGCCUGGGUAUUGCAAUACAUGCAGUAGUGCAUCAUUUUAGCAACUCUAAAAAAAUAGAAUAAAAAUAAAAAAGAGGAAAAAAGUUACAUUUUUUAUCUUAUACCUCAGAUAUUUUGUUCUGUGUAUUUUAAUAUCGUGGGUCUUUAAUUUCUGAAGGUUCCGUAGUUUGGUUGCUGGCUGUAGGAGUUUUCGUGGUUGAUCUAGAGAGAUGCUAGAUAUGAAUAAAAACUGGUUUAGGGCCAUAUCCAGAGUGCUAUAUCAUGUAAAUGAAUUAUAUAUGCUGAAUAUUAAGCUUCUGGGGUUAUCAGCUGUUUGGAAAGAGUAUAAGUGACUUCGGUAGUCAUUUUUUUCUGCAUCUGCAUUACUUUAUUUUGUGAAAGGGAAGGGUGGGGAGGGCUUAGGGGUUUGGAACUGGGGUUUGGCUGAAGGAAAAAAAUAUAUAGAAAAUAUAGUAACUGAUGAAUCCAAAUGAUCCACUGCACCAACGUUCAUAUAUCAAUGGUUCUAAGUUACUCAUUGCCAAUUCAAGCCAAAGGUUCUGUUGUAAAGGGGGUGCCUCUAGUAGCACUUGUGUAGUUGAGUUGAAUGAAGUUGUGCAAACCCACCCUUUAAACCAUUCCACCUGGCAGUAUUCAGCUUCUUAACCAGCCGCUAGUUAUUUAGGCAAAACUGCUAGUUAGGCUAUCAACAAGCAUUCUUUUUAUAUUUCUUCCAGUAUAAUAAAUUAUUGAUAUCAUUGCUGACUUUUAUAUUCUGGGAGGGAAAAAAUAACAUUAAUAAAAAGGUGAUAAAAAGCACUGUUUCUAUUUUUUUCUUUUUUUCCAAAAAAAGAGAAAGUAAUAAAAACUUAAAUUCUUUGUACCAGUUAAAAAAAAUGUAUAAAAUUUACAUCUGUGCAGUGGAGUUGUUAAGUUCUAGAAACAGUCUAUGAGCUUUAGUUUUAGCCUAGUAGAACAACUGUUAGAGACAGACGUAUAAUUUUUAUGGAAUUACAUGAUAAUCAUAUUCGGAUUUAUAGAAGCAUUUUACAAGUAUUGCAAUCAUUGAGUAGAGAUAAUUAUGGUAUUUUCAUCAGCUUGGUACUUUUUGAAACACUGACUGCGUUGUGUAAGCAAUCUGCAAUUUUUCAGUCCGUGAGAACCUGCCCUUCCAUUUCUCCCCAAACCCAAGAACUAUCUCAGACCAGUUUCUUCAGUUCCAUCUCCAAGGCCCAGGACACUUGUCAGAAGGAAGCAAAAAAAAGUAGGUCCACUUUAUCCCCGAAGAACAAAGUCCCCUGACCCCUUCUCAAAUGCAGGGCCAGAGUGACACAGCCGAAAAAUUGCAGUUUGUCUGUACUACUUCUGUUUGAACUCUUUCCAUGUUGUCCUGUUUACAAGUUAACCUAAGUUGGGGUAUCCGUCAUGGGUCUUCCUGUUUUUGUAUUUAAAUACAAACAGCAGCAAGCUGUCCCAAGUAGUUUUGCUGCCCUAGUUAAAUCCUCAUGUACACAGUGCAGGCCCUAUGGCGUGCACUUUAGUAAGGUAUCGACUCACCGCUGUGAACCUGCCAAUCUGCUGUAACAACUCUGCUUUAAAACAAAACCAAACAAAACUUAUAAAAAAAAAAAGUGUUUGUGAUCCAGCUUUCUCUUGUCAUCCUAUGUGCAUGCCGUAAGAUCAGUUGGAUAUUAAACCAUCAAUAAAGUUUCACAAAAUUUGAAAACAAAGUUUCUGUAGCUUCGAUAUCCAAGACAGAUCACAGUUGUCUUGAACAGAGAGAAAGGGGGGAAACUGCUUAGCAGCCAAAAGCAUACAAAAUGUUCUUUUCACCAGACUUAUUUGGGUGGGUGAGGGGAGGGGCAGAGGGGUGUUUUCUAGCAUCACUAAGACAUUUUCAUCCCCCACCUGGAAAACAUGUUAUGAAAAUGGGUGCCUGGUUGAUAUUGUUAAAGGAAACAAUUUAUUAAAAUGAGGUGGCAUCCUAGCCUAGAGGGGAGAAAGUUAGUAGGAACAGGGGGCUUAGGAGAAUAAAUAGAUUUCUCCCAAUUGCCUCAGAUUUCAAAAUCCAGAAGUUGCAUUGUGUUUGGAAUCACAAACAUAGAAUUCUUACCGUGUUGGUUAAAGUAAAAUUUAUUUGCAGUUUUGAUUUUCAUCAGCAAGCUGUACUUUCCCCCAUGGUCGUAUGUAGUUUCAAUAAAAAUCAUUUAGAGCAGGUGGGUGCCAACCGAUGUUGCAGAAUUUUCUGUCUAGGCACUCCUCCAAGAUGCCAAUAAGUCAUUUUAAAAUGUAUGUCAGAGAUGUAAACAAACAUUUUGGAUUUUUUUAAACAGUAUUUAUUUGGAAUGUUUUCAUUUAUCUAAAUAACUAUUGCUAUUAUGAAUUAUGGAACAAAAAAAGAUUAAUAUCAUGUGUGGCAUAUAGUGACUUCUUAACACACAUCACGCAAUCUACAAACCCAGACAAUGUGUAUAUCUGUCUUUAGAAAUUAGUGUUUAUAUCACUUACAGUGGUUUGUGAAUAAAGAAAACUGGUUUGUAAUAUCAAAAAAUAAAAGCUUAGUCUGAAAAGGUA